AUGCUGCGCGGCGGGGCCCCCCUGGCCGCGCUGCUGCUGGCGGCGCUCAGCCUGGCCCGCGGGGACCCCCCGGCGGCCCCGGGGUGCGGGAUGGAGGCUCCGAGCCGCCGCGCCGCGCCCCCGCAUCACCCCCUGGGGCUGUACCCGCAGGGUCCCGCCGCGCUCGGCGCUGCUCCCCCGCGGGGCCGGAGACCGCGGGGAGCCGGGGCAGGCGGAGACGAGCCGGGGGGCGAGGCGGGCGGCCGGGGCCGCGGCCGGGGGGAGAGGCGGCGCGGGCGGGAGCCGCAGGUGCCGGGCUCCCCCCGGGAGCUGCCCGCACUGUACUUCUCGGGCGGCCGGGAGCAGCUGGCGGCGCGGGCGGAGGCGCUGCCCGCCGUCCCGCGGGAGGAGUUCACCCUGGAGCUCUGGGUGAAGGCGGAGGGCGGACAGAGCAACCCGGCCAUCAUCGCAGGCGUCUUCGACAACUGCUCGCACACGGCCAGCGAUAGGGGCUGGGCGCUGGGCAUCCGUGCCCUGCAGCUCGGUGGGAAGAAGGACGCCCGCUUCUUCUUCUCCCUCCGCACGGACCGGGCGGCCGCCGCCACCGAGGUGACCUCCUACCACCGCUACCGCCCCGAGGCGUGGACACACCUGGCCACCAGCUAUGACGGGCGCUGGAUGGCCCUCUACGUGGACGGGGUGCGGGUCGGCCGUGCCGGCGGGCAGGAGGGACCCCUGCACAGCGCCUUCAUGUCCUCCUGCCGCACGCUGCUGCUGGGGGGGGACGCCUGGGGCACCGCACACACUUUCCGGGGACACCUGGCCGGGCUGGCCCUGUGGCGUGGUGCCCUGCCCCAAUCCCACCUCCAGCGUCCCUUCCUAGAGGAGGUGGCCGAGGGGGUGGCAGGGCUGGCUCUGGCUGCGGGCUUCGCCACCCCGGAGGAACGCUGGGUGCCCUUUCGGGAGGGCGCCUUCCCCCAGCAGUGGGUGCUGCUGUCCCCGCCACCGCCCGUCCUGCGGCCACUGGGCCCCCCCACGUGCGGGCAGACUGCCUGCGACAACGUGGAGCUGGUCUCCCACUACAACCGGCACUGGCCGCUGCGGAGCUGGAAGGUGGUGCGGUACCGGGUGGUGAACCUGGCGGAGGAUGACGGCGGGCGGCCGACGGUCAGCUGGGAGCAGAUCAGGCGGCAACACCGGGCGCUGAGCGAGGCUUUCCGGCCCUACAACAUCUCCUGGCAGCUCAGCUUGCUGGAGGUGCACAACUCCUCCCUGCGCCGCCGCGCCGUCCUCCUGGGCUGCGAGCCCAGCAAGGUGGGCAACGAGCGCUGCGACCCCGAGUGCGAGCACCCCCUCACCGGCUACGACGGCGGGGACUGCCGGCGGCCCGGCCGCUGCUUCUCCUGGAAGCGCCGCGACGGCGUCUGCCACAUGGAGUGCAACAACGUGUUGGACGACUUCGAUGACGGCGACUGCUGCGACCCCUGGGCCACCGACGUGGCCAGGACCUGCUUCGACCCUGACUCGCCCCAUCGGGCGUACAUGAGCGUGAAGGAGCUGAAGGAGGCACUGCAGCUCAACAGCACCCACUUCCUCAACGUUUACUUCGCCAGCUCCGUCAGGGAAGAGUUGGCUGGUGCUGCCACUUGGCCGUGGGAUAAAGAGGCCCUUAGUCACCUGGGUGGAGUUGUCCUCAACCCUGCCUACUACGGCAUGCACGGCCACACCAACACCAUGAUCCACGAGGUGGGACACGUCCUGGGGCUGUACCACGUCUUCAAGGGAGUGAGCGAGCGGGAAUCCUGCGAUGAUCCCUGCAGGGAGACAGCUCCAUCUAUGGAGACAGGAGACCUCUGUGCUGACACUGCCCCCACCCCAAAGAGCAAACUCUGCCGGGAUCCAGACCCUGCCAACGACACCUGCGGCCAGACACACUUCACAGGGACACCCUUCAACAACUACAUGAGUUACACAGAUGAUGACUGCACCAACUCCUUCACCCCCAACCAAGUGGCCCGGAUGCAUUGCUACUUGGACCUGGUGUACCAGCGCUGGGGGCACGGCAAGAAGCCGGCGCCCAUCCCGAUCCCUCCCAUGGUCACGGGGCAGACACAGGACUCCCUCAGCAUCUACUGGCUGCCUCCCAUCAGUGGUGUCAUCCACGAGAGGGAGCAGGACACGCUCUGUGACAGCUGUGCAGAGGAUGGCACCUUCCGUCAGUAUGUGCACGAGGCCUCUUCCCCUCGGGUCUGCGACUCCUCCGGCUACUGGACCCCAGAAGAAGCAGAAGGCCCCCCGGACGUGGAUCAGCCCUGUGGGCCCAGCCUGCAGGCCUGGAGUCCGGAGCUCCACCUGUCUGACAUGAACAUGACGGUGCCGUGCCCCCAGCCCGACGGCUGCAUCCUGGAGCUGCGCUUCCUGCACCCCGUCUACCCCGACUCCCUCACCCUCUGGACCACGUACCUCUCCACGGGCUCUCCCAAGGCGCUGUCUGACAUUGAAAUCCUGACAGAGCAGGGGGAGUCCAUCCACCUGGGCCCCCUGGACACCUUCUGCGAUGUCCCCUUUACCGUGAAGCUCAACAUCCCCAAAAAGAUGUCCGGAGUCAAAAUCUACACCUUUGACGAGAGGAUGGAGAUCGACACGGCCCUGCUGACCUCCAUGCCCCACAGCUCCCUCUGCUCCUCCUGCAGGCUGGUGCAGUACCGGCUCCUGCGGGACCCCCCGUUUGCAGGCGGGUCCCCCGCUGCCCCCGUGCAGCUGCAUCGCCAGUUCAUCGACACGGAAGUCACACCUGGGCACGUGUACCACUACCAGGUGCAGGUAGUCUCUGGGACAACCUUAGGAGAAGCCUCCCCACCGCUUGUCCAUGUCCACGGAGCACCCUACUGUGGGGAUGGGAAGGUGACCACGAGCCUGGGGGAGGAAUGUGAUGAUGGGGACUUGCUGGAUGGAGAUGGCUGCUCCAGGAAGUGUAAAAAGGAAAAAGGCUUCAACUGUGUUGGGGAACCGAGCCUGUGCUAUGUGCAUGACGGGGACGGUGUGUGUGAGCCUUUCGAGAGGACAAGCAGCAUCCUGGACUGUGGUCCCUACACUUCUGAUGGAUACCUGGAUCUGUGGGCAGUGAGAGCCUAUGCCUCCCAUCAGGAUGUGAAGUCCUGCCCUGCUUCCUUGGUCACUGGAGAGCCUGUUGUGAAGGUAUGUAAAUCCCACCUUCACGAUGUGCCAAAGGACCUUUUGCAGGCUGCUUGGUUCCCAUGUGCUCCCAGCCAAGAGAAUGCUCAGGAUCCAGAUGAGGAAAAGACGCCCUUGGGUGAUGAGGGAGUUUGGCUCAAGGUUUGCUUUGAGAGACCUGCAGUGCCCACCUCCCUCCUGCUCUUCCUGGCCUCCUCCGGCACUGUCCCAAGCCGGCAGCGCAAGCCGAUGGUCACUGUCCAGCUGACUGACACAGACGGAUGGAACCGCUCUCUGGGGAUGUACGAGCUGUCGUGCCAGCACAACCCGCUCGUCGUCAACGUGUCCCGUGGCCAGGAGGACCCAUCCCGCCCGGUUGCUUCGGUGCUUCUCAACUUCUCCUCCCCUCUCGUGAGCGUUGCAGCUGUGGCCUUGCGGACCCCAGCUCAGCCUGGCUCCUCUGGCCCCACCACCUGCCUCCUGCAGCACGAGGAGGGCUGUGGCCAGCAGUGCUACAGCUGUGCCCACGGUGCCUGUGUGGGGUCAGGAAGCUGCACACAGCCACUGCUUGCUCACGCUGCCACCCUGAACUGCACAUCGGAUGGCCCGGGGCACAUGGUGUGCGCUGUCACCUGCCAGAGGGGCUUUGUCCCCCGCUCCAGCAAUGGGAAGAGCUUGGGCCUCACCCAGGAGGUGGUGCUGACGUGCAGCUCGGGACGGUGGGACAGAUCUGUGACUUGUGACCCCAUCGACUGCGGUGUCCCUGACCAGUCCCACGUGUACUAUGCUGAGUUCUCCUGCCCCAUGGGGACCACCUACCUGCAGAGAUGCUCCUUCUCCUGCAUCCACCCAGCCAAGCUUCAAGGAACGAACGAGUGGCUGACCUGCCUGGAGGACGGUCUCUGGUCGCUGCCUGAGGCCUACUGCAAGCUGGAGUGCGACGCGCCGCCCGCCGUGGCCAACGCCAAGCUCCUGGUCCCUCGGUGCCUGCAGGGGAACCACGACGUGGGCUCGGUCUGUCGCUACAAGUGCAAGCCUGGAUACCACGUGGCUGAGAACGCGGUGGACAAGCCCAAGAGGAAGUUCCUGAAGAUCCAGUGCCUGGAGAGCGGGCAGUGGGAAGAGGGUCGCUGCGUCCCCGUGGUGUGUGAGCCCCCACCUCCCGUCUUUGAGGGCAUGUACAACUGCACCCAGGGCUUUGAGCUGGACAGCCAGUGCGUGCUCAGCUGUGAGCCACAGGGACAGCAGGUUCCCAUCGUCUGCACCAAGGAAGGCUCGUGGACAGAGGAGUUCAAACUGUGUGAGAGCUUGUGGGGCACCUGCCCACCACCCCCGGAGCUGAACUUCGUGGAGUACAAGUGUGAGCAGGGGCAUGGAAUAGGUGCUGUGUGCACACCCUCCUGUGUCAUCCCUCCCAGUGACCCCGUCAUACUGCCCAAAAAUGUCACUGCUGAGACAAUGGAUCACCGGCUGCAACCCACCAGAGUCCAGAACAUUGUGUGCACGGGCAGGCUGCGGUGGUACCCUGACCCCUCCGCCAUCCACUGCAUCCCGUCGUGCGAGCGUUCCUGCGAGUCGCCAGCCUGGGCAAACCUCCCUUCUCCCACCCCUGGAGCUGAUUUCUGCAGAGCCACAUGUCUGAAGUGCAGGCCCUUCCAAGCAGACGGCUGGUGUGACACCAUCAACAACCGGGCAUACUGCCAGUAUGAUGGUGGGGACUGCUGCGCCUCCACACUGUCCUCCAGGAAGGUGAUCCCGUUUGCUGCUGACUGCGACCAGGACGAGUGCACGUGCCGUGACCCGGCGGCCGAGGAGAACCAGUAGCGGCACCAGGAAGGGCCUCUCUCGGUCAGGCGAGCGCCGGAGGAGCGAAGGGGCAGCACCGGGGGCCGCUGGGGAGCGGUGGGAUGUGAGGGGGCAGGAGGCCACGGAAGAGCCAGGCGGGGAUGUGGCGGCUGCGCACGGAGGGGAAGGAUCGAGGCCACCGAGGAGCCCAGGAGGGCAGAGCGGUCCCCUCCCCAAAGCUGCUCCCUCCCGAACCCCCUCGAGGGGCUCAGCCAGGGGUCCGGUGCCGCUUCAGCCACACGCUGAGCUGGGGUCCACGCCGAGAGCCCGGGUGCUGCCAUGGGUGUUUGUCCUGGUCCAGCACCUGGGUGUCUGUCUUUGCUCUGGAUUUUGUCACUAUUCGCCCCCCUCUGCUGUACAGGCUUCUUUUAGCAAGGUCGAGGUAGUUGUGAUCUCUCUGCAAAUAUUUAAACUUAAUUAUAUCUAUAUACAUAUAUAUAAUAUAUAUAUAAAUAUAUAUUAUAUUUUCUUUGCUCUUGAUGAAGCUGAGAAAGGAUAUCCUUUGUCACACACCCAUGCUGCUGUGAAGUACAAACCAUUGGGAAAAGCGCAGGUCAGGGCGGGAGGAGCAGGCAAUUUCCCCUUCCUUGCUGAGGGGGAGCUGGAAGGAGGACACAGAGAGAAGCCAAACACCCAGGCCAUGCCAGGAGAGAGCUCCCCAGGCAUGAAGGCUCCCACCUGAAGGUGGUUUGGGCAUCUUGCAGGCACCAAGUUUUGCCCUUGGGAUUUGCCAGUGCUUUGCCUUGCUCUGCUUAGAGCCCUGGAUCAGGAUUCUGGGGUUGAGAAAAACACUGCUGUGCCAUUGAAUCACCCCAGCGAGCACAAUGGACUCCAAGGGCACCACAGGCAUCCACCAGACAUUAUUUCAAAGCCCUCUGGGAAAGGGUAUGUGUCCAUGGGGUCACUGCAUGGUCAGUAGGAGCAGACUCACCACAGUCCUCUGCCUCGCUGCCCCGGCCACUGUGCACCCAACUAAACAAGGGUUGUAGUGGGCAACCCAGAGUAGCUGUGUGGUGCUCAAAUGAAGGAUGAUGAGGUGGUCCUUCUUCUCUUUCCCCACAUCUGAGUUUCAACAGUGUUGUCAGCAGUUCUCAGAGGAGAUCAGAUCCUGUCAUGCAAGGAGAGACAAGACCCAAAAAGCCUGUCAGGAGACUCUGAGCAUCAUCUUUUCCCACUGAGAUCUUCCUAGUAGUAUCAUUAUUACCUCUGUGUCCAAGCCCAUCACACUGGACAUACAGUCACUGAUUGUAAUGAGUCUCUUGCUCUUGUAGGCACCAAGAGAAAAAUCUUCAGAUUCACUUCAAGCCCCAAAGAAGCCCAUCAAGAAACUUUGCCCCCAUAAUCGAUUCCCAGAAGCUCAGCUUGGCAGCUGGGACCCAGCCCCAUAGAGGCAGCAAUAGGGAAGGUGCCUGGCUCCUGCUGGGAUUAUCCCUGAUGGUUUUGUGCUGUAAAGAGGCAGAGAAAAGGGAUAGAAAGAGGAGAAGAGAGCAGAGAAGGGACCACAGAGUAGAAGCACAGACCGUGGUGUCCCCCAGGUUCAGCUGCAGGCUGGGACCAAGGGACUCUGGGCUGCCCUGCUGCCUUCUCCCCGCAUAGCCUGUGCUGUUGGAGGCAGGCUCCAAGCCGGGGUUUGUCUGGUGAAGGAGUGGUGGAGAGAGGGUGACACGGUGUGGAGAGACUGGGGAUUUUCAAGGCAUCAUUUGGCUUCUGCUAGAUCUCCCCCAUCCUUUUUUUGUCAGGCAUUUCCUACAGUUGUGCUUUACUGGAAGACAGGAGUAGGGGCAGAGGUGCCUGGACAUCCCACAGCAUCCAGGCAGGGGAUUACCUGUCCUUCUCCAAGCCCUCUCCUGAUCACAUGUGUUCCUGAUCUCUGGUCUAAGCAGAGACUGGAGGAGAGGUGAGGGACAGUGGGUCCCAUCUCCUUUUGCAGCAGGGACACACUGACAUUUCUGUUCCCAUCAUACAGGAGUGACCCCAGGGUUUUCACCCAAAAUGCGCUGUCAACUGGGCAAUUUUUUGUCAGAUAAUCCACUUUUCCAUAAAAAAAACCCCUCAGAUAAGCCAAGGAAAUUUCAAUAAAAGUUGGCCCAACAUCCCCAGGGGGUGCAGCUUGGGCAGCCUGCACUGCUCCACCAGUGCAGGGAAGGGGAGAUCCAGGGGUCCUAACAGAGAUGGAGUGGGGGUCCCAGCAGCCCCCCACAGUGGGGACGGUGGGGACAUGAUAUGAGGGUAACACACACACAAAGAGAAUUUCAAGUCCCAGCAUCUUGCCAUGCCAAACCCUUCCCUGCCUGGCGGCAGCGUUAUCUAAAUGCCUGUGUGUUUAGACGACAAAUUAUUACCCUUUUGGCACAAAAAUCCUGGUCUCGUCCCUGCUCACCUGUGUGUGCAGGGAAAGGACUGUGACCCAUGGACAGGGGAGCUGGGGAGGGUGGGACUGGAGGCACUGGCUUGGCUGGUAGACAUUUGUGCUUCUCAUGACCGGACAGCUUCUACGUACCGAAAUAUUGUUCUUCUAUAGCGACACUGAGCGGUUUUUGUCCCCUUUAGGGUUUUAUUCACAACGGAGGCUGCUGC